CGCUUUCUUUCUGAACAUUCAAACGUUAUAUUGAUCAAGAUUAAAGAUGUGGCAAAAUAUUUUUUAAUUUUUGACAUUUUAAGCCCAAAAAGCAAUGACAGGCGACCCAGUAAAAAGUGUACCGUUGCCAAGUGGACCGGCAUCCCUCUGUUUUGACAAGGAUGAUUUUAUGAAGGAUGACUUCAAUGUUGACCAUUUUGUGUUAGAGUGCAGGAGGCGUGUACAGUUAGAGGAUUUUAGAGAUGAUCUCUCUGUGUAUCUUAAAAUUCUCAGGAGUGCUAUGAUAGAAUUGAUCAACAAAGACUAUGCAGAUUUUGUCAAUCUAUCAAGCAACUUGGUUGGAAUGGACAAGGCCAUUGGAAGUUUAACGUCUCCUCUUGAACAACUCCGAGAUGAAGUCUUAAAAGUAAGAAAGUCAAUGGAUGACGCAAUCCUAGCAGUAGAAGACAAACUGAGAAAAAGGCAACAAAUUAAACAGGGAAAGGCUUGCGUGCAGAGAUUGAUAAACAUCACAGAAUCUGUUGACAAGAUAGAAAGAUUGUUAGGUAUACACACGCCAAAUGGCGGGGGAGAUGGUCUGUCACAUGCUGGACCAUUGAAUGGACAGUUGAUAGAAAGAGUAGCAACAGAGUUCAACAAGCUUCAGUUUUAUGUGACAAAAAGUCGAGGGUUACCUCUUGUUGAACAGAUUAAGCCAAGAAUAGCUAACAUAACAACAACGCUGCAGUUUAGUUUGGAGGGAUCUUUCCUGGAAGGUCUAGAUGCUGGCAAUGUUGAUAUACUGAAGCAGUGUUUGAGGACAUACUCUCUCAUUGACAAAAUAAAAGAUGCAGAGACUUUGUAUAGACAACAUAUUGUAAAACCUUACAUGGAGGAAGUGAUUUCAGAACAGUUUAUAAAAUCUAACCAUAAUGGCCUAAAAGGCAUGUUUGACAAAGUUUUACAGUUUAUUCCACAACACUGUAAACGUUUAACUGAUGUAACAUCCAGGGUCACAGCAGGGAGUUCUGAUGCUGUUAGAGGGUAUGAUUUUAUUGUAAAUUCUGUCUGGCCCGAGGUUGUGAGUAAUAUAGAAGCCAAAACAAGCUCAAUAUUUGCUCCAGGAAAUCCAAACAUUUUUCAUGCUAAAUAUCUGAUCAGUAUGGAGUUUUUGGAGAGGUUUGAAACUCUGUGUGGCUCACAGGCAAGUGUUCAAAGAUUACGAGAUCAUCCUAGCUAUCACACAUUUAUCAACAAAUGGAGCCUUCCUGUCUAUUUUCAAAUCAGGUUUCAGGAAAUUGCUGGAGGCUUUGAAUCAUCUUUGUUUACUGCUUUUAAUAGAACACAAGCUGGAUCAGAAUUUCAUUUACAUUCAACACAUGAGCUAUGGAAGAGUUUACAGACAUGUUGGGAUGAAGAAGUCUAUUUAAAACCACUAGGCUACAGAUUCUGGAAGUUAAAUGUACAGAUCCUUGCUAGAUAUUCAACAUGGCUAGAUGAGGCAUAUAAAGAACAGAUAACCGACAGAUCUGACAGUGUAGUAGAAAGUAAAACAAAGUCUGGUCCUGAUAGAGCAAAUAAUGGACUAGACACACUGCCCCCUGGUGGCCAAACAGAAGGGCGAAUCACUCCUACUGUACCACAAGCUCCACCUAUAACCAUUGGGCAAAUUAUUUCCCUUAUAUCAGAUGCAGGAAAACUUCUGGACAUGCUUCCAGGUUUCCUAGAAACAACUGUGAUAACAAGAUUUAGCGGCCUUAAUGAAGAAACUGUUCAUUCCAUGAAAGUAUGUUUGAAUGAAUGUAGCAGUGCAAUAGAGAAAAGUUUACCACAGUUUCGAGACUAUGUUGUAGUUGAUGUGACCAAUCAAUGUGCAGUACAUCUCAAACAAGUUAAUGACAUUCCACGCUUAUAUAGAAGAACUAAUAGAGAGGUACCAAGUAAGCCAUCUCAUUACAUCACAGCAGUUGUCAAACCUCUCACUGUAUUUAUAGAGGAACAUAAUGAUGUUCUAGGGGACCAACAGAAAAUAGACAUGUGUGCUCAGGUCUUCUCUAAUCUUGCUGAACAGUACUUUACUGUAACAUCCGAUGUCCUGUCAUCUGUUAAGAAAAUGGAGGAGAGUUUAAAACGUUUAAAGAAAGGGCGUGGCCAGGAGAAAUCUUCAGGAUCACAAGGAAUCACUGAUGAUGAUAAAAUUAGGCAACAACUUAUUCUAGAUAUUACAAAUUAUGGAAUACAGAUGAGCACAUUUGGUGUAGAAACUAGCCAGGUGAAUUACUAUAGUAAAUUAUUGGAACUAUCAGAGGAAGCUAAAUCAUCAAUGACAUCAGUGACUGCCAACAGUAGCUAAUGUUUACAUAACUCAUACUGAGCCGCGUCAUGACAAAACCAACAUAAUGGGCUGGCUGGUCUGGAUCCAGUGGUGAUACCAUCUCUAUGCUAGUCGCAAACGCAUUGUGUUGGUUUUGUCGUGACGCGGCUCAUACUAACAAUUACAUAAUCAGAUCACAGAUGAGGAAUGAAUAAAACGCAGUUGACUUGUAGGAUUUACCUCCUGUUAGACUAAACAUAUUUUGCAUUGUGAAAACCUGGGGGAUUUCGAAGC